UUCUGUACCUCCUCUUGUUCCCUCAGGGACUGGAGUAUAGUUAAAUAUUUUAAUGAAAACAUUUUGGGGUCAAGUGACACCACUUUCAAUAACUUUCUACAUGGUGCUAGAGAUGACCAAAAACAGUUGUACAUCUGAGAAAUUUAGUACAGUAUAAAGGAUUAAUACUUGUGUAUGGAGUAUUAAAAUAAUUUAUGGCAGAUAACUGGAAGCAUCAGAAAGCAAAUUUUGACUAUUUUGUUAGCUGUCUUGGGAACUCUUGUUCCUCGUUUAGGAGUGGGGGACAGUGAUGAAACCUGACCAUAGUUCUUUUUUUAUUCAGUCCACGUGUACUUCAACAUUCUCAGAGUCAGUCGAGUAGAUGAUUCUGCAUGAAAACUAAUAAUUAUUGUUGCAUGGUCGUGCACCCAAACAAUUAUGUCAAUGUGCACUCAACUGUAGUUAAGCUACCGGGAGUCAUCAUAUGAGUUUCCCAUACAUACAUAGACAACAUUGAUAACAACCAGCUUAUUAUCAAGAGUUUUUGUACCAGAAGACACAUUUUACUCUUUUAGGGGAAGGGAGGUGGGGACAGGUUAAGGAGGGCAAUAAUUCUCCUGGCUUCAUUUAAAUGUACCUAGGCCUCUCUUUUUGCUAAGUAUUUUUCAUCUUGGCAAAUCUGAUCACCGCCCUGAUCAGGAGUGAUUGAUAUACUGUCCAUGUUAGUGACAGGACUGUUCUUGUAAGGGCACUUUCCUUCAAGUGGUUGAACAUCACGGGUCAUUUUCUGUGACUCUCACAAAGCACUUCCGUUGGCCACUUAGGGGGAUACCCUUGGGGGGUCGUCUUCUGUCACUUGAUUUGGGGCAUGUAUGUUUAUUGUGGAGUGUAGCAAGGUGGUGACCAUCUUUGCCUUAUUUUUUUUUUUUGUCAUGAACGACGAAACAAAGUGUCAUACGCCGUUUUGCCGUAAAGACUGCGCCUUCGUUCACCAUGACUUGAUCAAAGCUCUAUGCAUUGAGAGGAACAGAAAAGAAACCUCUUCGCGCUGUUCUUCGAAAUCGCACGUUCUCUUAAGACAGUGUGUUCAGCUGUAUGAACAAAAUGGAUGGGACAAAAACAGCAUUGUUCCGGACAGUUCACCAGACCUGAGGCAUCCCCUUCUGUACUUAACUUGUGCAUUCGGGAAGCACCGAGUUCUAGAAACUUUAGUUAAGUUGGAUUUCGACCCUUCUGUAGUAACACAAGAUGGCGCGAAUGGACUCCAUGGACUGGUCGAUCACUUCUAUCGGGUGGGAAAUAUGAAACAAUGCGGUGGUUUUAUGGCGAUUGACAAGAGAUUAGAAGUCUUUGAAAACGUAGUGAGCAUUCUCUGUUCCCGGGAUCGUAAUAUAUUCUCUGUAAAGGAGAAGUUGUAUGGUCGUACCCCUUUACACAUCGCCGCUGAAAGUGUUAUAAACUCGGGUCGACAUGCUCGCGUUGAUGGCCGCUGCGAUCCCAUGAAAAGAACGAGAUACUUUCAACGGUGUUUAGAGGUAAUGUUAGGCCAUCUUCUUGAACUCAAAUGCAACUCUUUACUUACUCACACUCAAGUGAUGGACACUGUUGCAGCGCAAGAUAACGAGGGAAACACCAUUUUGCACAUUCUCGCAAGGAGCCCUUCUCUUCCCGGUUGGGAGUCCAUUCAAAACGUCAUGAAAAACUUCGUGGACAGCGAUUUUCCUUUGAAAAAGAACAAGCAUUCGAAAACGGCGUUUGAAAUACUCUCGACCUUCAACGAGUUUUUGGCAAGGAAGUUAUUUUACCCAAGUGACGCUGAUAAUAAUGGAGUGGAAAAAUUGAGAGAUGCUACUGGUAAUUCUCCACCCCUGAAAUGUGAUCUUCCACAAAACCUGGAAGCCUCAGUUUCUGCUGUGAUUCCGAGAUCAGCCAUCUUUGCAAGUGACGACCACAAUACAGGUAUAGCUGUUGAAGCUGUAUGGAGUCAAGCUGGACACAUUGAUGGAUCUCCUUCAAAGGUAAUGCAGCAUAGCUCUUCUGUCAAGAGUCUAGAGUCUGUCAUUCACGCACUGCGUAACACAGCAAAAUGCACACCUUCCACAUCUCAAUGGGUUGGCACAGGUAGCCCAGCUUCAUCCACUCAUCACAAUGGGGUGUCCUCAGAUGCUGUGAUGUUCAAUGGCAAGUCAAAACAUUCAGCAAGUUUGCAAUUUUCAUUAGAAAGAAAUGAUGUCAAUUCUUCUAGUUACAAUCAGAGUGCAUCUGUUUCUGUUUCGGCAGCUGGAGCACCAGCCCAAAUGACUGGCACUCCAGACUUUCCAACAGGAGGCUCGUCAAGUGAUGAUCCAUACCCAGUUUUCCUACCUAAUUUUCCAGCAGCAAUGACAGAAACAAUGUCCAUUGAAUCAUCCCCACCUGAAGCAACAAAGCAAGAGGUUGAAGCUACAACAUUCUCUUCUCGCUGUGUUUCUCCAUUAUCUCAAAGCAAUUUAGAUAUGGAGAAUGCCAUUGGGACAUCACCAUCAACUCCAGAUUCUUGGAUGCCAGAGCGUAAAGCAGAAGAAGCCACUGCUUCCUCAACUGCUACCUGUGUCACAUCAGAGCCUGCUGAUAAUAGCCGAUCACCUUUACAUGAAGAUCUGGACUCCACAACAUCAAAUGAAACACAGGAAGGUCAUGUCACUGUUGAUGGUGCAGGAGAGGAACCAGCAGUACAGGAGAACACUGCAGCAUCGUCCUCUGGGAAUGGCGCUUUUUUUGAUUUUCUCUUGACCCAAGGAAGUGAAUUCAACCCCACAAUGAAAUUUCAAAUUGUGGAGCUGAUUAAGAGUGAGUUUGGUAGGAAAAUGACAGCUUUUAACACAGAGAUCUGCCAGACUGAAACAGAAAAGAGAAACCUGGAGGCCAAGAUUAGAAACUCUAAACUUGCACUGCAGCAGAAGGAAGAGGAAAAGCUGAGAUUGUUUGCAGAAAUUGAUCAACUCCAGAAGGACAUUGUACAAGCAACAGAGAAACACAAAACCCUCUCGCAGCAAUGUGUGAAGUUGAGAAAGGAAUCUGAAGCUGUGAAACGGAAGAUUUCAUCCUGCGAGGAGGUCGAGAAAGAACUUUUUGGUAGCCCUGUUAAAGCAAAAAAGUCACUAGAUAGGUGAAGGUUGAAUUAGAGAAGGGUUUGAUUAUUAACUUAUGGGAAAUGUAUUGUAAAAUGUGACUAACUGGGCUACUAAGUGAUGUUGAGAAAUUGUCAGUUUGGUGGAAAGAUUGUAGUACAGAGAGUUCUCAGAUUUUUAAUACUCCUACCUUUCUCUCCUAGCAAAAUAUAAAGCAAUGUUCUCAGUUACUAUCACUUCCCAUCCUCUCUUUUCUUGGUUCUUGUAGAGUUCCCCCCCCCCCGUUUUUAUUACCAGGUUCUCUCCCCCCUGCCUCCUCUCCCCCUGCCCUUUCUCCCCCUGCCCCCUCCCCCCCAUCUUCUCCAAGGAAAUGGGAGAAAUAUGUUGAGGAUUAUGUAAAAAUAACUUGGUUCUAAACAAAAGUGUUGAGGAUGGUAAAAAUAGACCCUUAAUUAAGGGAGUCCUACAGCAAAAGAUUGUGCAUAAGUUGCUUUGAAAGAAAUUGCUCUACAUUGUUAUGGUUAUUUAUUGUUGUAUCUCUCAUUUUCGAUACAAGCUACCUUGCAUACAACUCUAGAGAGUUGUAGUAAUAUUGACAGCUUGACACUUUUCCAUAGUUGAGCUACUUGUCACACCAUAUGACGUUUAUACUUUAAGGACAAAAGCCAUUCCCCCCACCCCUGCUAAAAUAUAAUGGUUAUUAGUUAUUGGCUCUGGUUAUUUAUUGUUAUAUUGUUAUUGUUAUAUCUCUCAUUUUCGAUACAAGCUACCAUGCAUACAACUCUAAAGAGUUGUAGUAAUAUUGACAGCUUGACUCUUUUCCAUAGUCGAGUUACUUGUCAUAUGAUAUGACAUUUAUACUUUAAGGACAAAAGCCAUUCCCCCCACCCCCUGCUAAAUUCAUGCAUUAAGUUACAUGCAUUCAUGUGCAUAUUUAUAUAUAUAACAUAUAUUGCUUGAUUUGAAGAAAUAAAAUGAAAUAUUAAAUACUUAUCACACAGUAUAUUAAACAAAAUGAUAGAGUCAUAUCUUAGUCUGAAACAAACUUAACAGUGUUCAGUGCUAUUAGAGUUCCCAUCAACGUACAGGUGUACACGUACACAAAAUGAAAAGGGCCACAGUUUUUUGGCUAAGUGCAUCCUUGGGAUGCAGGAAAAAAAAGUUCUGAAAAUUUUAGUAAUAGGCAUAGGACCCCUGGAAAACAAAAAGAACCUUCAACUCUUUGGAACUGGAGUCCCAAGGACCCAUAACUAUCAAAACUAGAGGGAACCCUGGGCUAUGACUUUAAGUGGAAUAAGUCUUACAUAAAAUUAUCUUGCACCCUCCAGAUGUGAUUUCUCAUAUUAUUGCCCAACAUUGGAAUAUGAACAUGUAUAAUUUUAUUUAAAGGGAGGCAAUGUUGUCUUCUGAGACGUUACCUAUUUAUAAAAUGUUUGUGUACCUAAAAAUGGCAAACAUGAUCCUAAACAUGUUUCUGCACAGUACUCUUAAUAUAUUUAUAUGGUAAAGGACACUUAAACAAUAUGAACUAUUUAAAUACAUUACAACAUUUUCUUAUAUUUUUAUGAUAACAGAUGCAUAAAUAUCUACUAUACUGAAAGAGGAAGCCCAUUUUAUAUACAAUGCUGAUUUGAUUUUGUUAUUUGCUUCAUUUUUGUUUCUUUUUUUGAGGUUAUGUUUAAAGUUUAACUUUCUCUCAUAUUACAGAGACAGAUGCUUUAUAAUGAUUUUUAAUGAAAUGUAUGCUUGCUUGAUUGACUGUACCAUUAGAUUAUAGACUUAGUAUCUUUGCAUGUAUGUAAAGUUGACAGAGAAUUAUACUGGCAAAGAGAGAUUUUGGACAGUGACAAAGUCAAGAUUCCAUGACAAUGUGUCAUCCAUUUGUCAAGGUUGCAUGCAUGGAAAAUUUUCACUCUAAAUUAUACAUUAUCUCAAAGGGAAAAGAGAUGACACUGCUAUAACCCUCAAAAUAUACAGCUAUUUUUUCAAAUCAAUGAUCUGAUCGCAUCUGUCACUAACACAAGAGAACAACUUGGGAUCUAACUUUAUUUGUACAUAACAGCUCUGAAUAAUAUAAAUCAAUAUACUUUGGAUUCACUAAAAUAAAAUCAAGUAAAUCAAGCCA